UAAAAAUCCCCAUCCUGAUGGGUUGGGAGGGGCAAAAAUGUUUCAUAUUUUAAAAUUUUGAACGAUCUAAAUCUUAAUGUUAUACGUUCAGCUUACCGACAGUAUAAUUUUACACUGACACUGUCCAAAUAAAAGCUGAUUCAUUUUAUCUUGCAUAACGCAUCAUCUACACGAUGCGGUAAAAGAAACGCAGACAAUUUCUUUAUUCCUUCUUGAUAUUGUCAAGUUGCUAUAAAAAGCACAUUCCAAAUCAUAAACAUAGAAAUUCAAAACCGCGUCCUUGUGAUAGUCAAGAUUUUAUGAUCGGGUUUGGAAUUCCCAAUAAAGUAGUAACUAUGACGUCAUCUAAGCGUCAUUGACCAAAAUGCAAAAUGGAUUUUUAUCAUUGCAUUGUUUUGAUGCACUGUUUCAUUUCAGUCUCGGCUGUCCAUGUUAGAGUGCGGGUGGACCAUGAAGAUGGCAGACCUGUGGAAUUUUAUGAAGAGGAUUUGACAGAAGACGAUUUUGUGGAAAAACCACCAUUUGAAAUGGUUGACCGAAACAAACGUGCUUCUUAUGACGACAGACCCCCUCAACCUCAGAGCAGAUACAGGAGAGACAUUUACUCGCAAGACCUUAAUAUGAGGAGGAAACCAGAAUGUGAUAGGGAUAUGAAUAAAAUGAUUAAGGAAAACAAAAAUAAACCCAUUCAGCUGGCCUAUGUUGUGGAGCCGGGAGAAGAUAUUAAACUUAUGUGCCAUUACUGUGGGGAUUCGUCAGCAUACACUGGGAUCAUUGAGUGGAAGCGACUUAUUCGCCAGACUUCCGCCGACGGUCAGUUUGUGAUCAAGACUGUAGAGGAGGACUUCCAUGAUAUCGAGGCUCUGAACCGCUUCACUAAGACAACAGACUGGAGCUUGGUCAUCAGGAAUAUCACGGAAGCCGAUGCAGACACCUACUUCUGCAUCGAUGCUUCCAAGGAUGUACUGGUGAAAGACAAGAUGAACUUUGCUGGAAUGAAGGAGAUGUUUACAGCUGACAUAACAAGAGAGAAAUUUAGACUGUAUUAUCACCUAGACAUCGUAAAAACAAGUGAUAUUCCAGCAAAAGUUGUUACUGCCACAGACAGGCUAUUGGAGCCAACAAGAGACGUCACAUUAAAUUUGGAGUUUUACUCGGAUUGGAAGGAGUGGAGUUCUUGCUCAGUGUGUGGGAAAAAGGGCGAGCAGAGAAGACGAGGUGUAUGCACUGUAAGAAUUCUUAACAAUGAGCAGUACGUAGAGCCUGCUUAUGUAUACUAUGCACUUGGGACGUUCAAGAAAGGGAUACCGUGUAGAUCUACCAUGUUCAAUGUGUAUGGGGACCGGUUCACGGACAGACCGGACGAGAUUGCGAUACAACAGUGUAACAUGUCUUGUAAGCUAAACAUUUCGGCCAUAAAAUUCUCUAGAUUGAAUUCAGCAGAUAUAGUCUUUGAAGGAGUUCAAAGAAAAUUUCCUGUGGAUACGGUGAAAGUUCCAGAGGGGGGAUCGACGGUCAUCAAAUGCAAAGGGGCCAGUCUGGACGACAUAGUAUACUGGUUGAAUAACUCGGAGUACAUGACGUCAUUUGCUGUUUCCCACAACACUUCCGGUCGCGUAACCAUUGAUGUAUACGGUAAUCUGAGGAUAACCGAUGCAAAGAGUUACGAUGGAGGCCUCUUGGAAUGCUGGAUCAGAAUGAAAAAGACCAGAGCUGUACAGUUUAUAGACGCCUGGAAGCGACACCUGAAAUAUGUAAUGUACAGUUACUUCAUCAAUUUCUGUGUGUUCCUCGCCUUGGUCUUCGUCAAACACUGGCACCGCCAGGUCCAGACCGUCACCGGAUACAAGUACCAUGCGCUCCACAAAGACGACCUGGACUACUAUACGGAGGAGGGGGGCAGGCCAGACACUAACGUCAAUGCGUGGGACCCGCGCGAUAGUACGGCGGAACUUAACGAGUCUGACGUCAGUGCCCAAAGUUAUUGUGAGCACGUGCACGGGUUCCACGAGCUGCCGACGUCGGGUGGUGACGGACAGGCGUUUUACAUGCGGCACUAUUAGAGGAAAAUAUUUAUUGUGAUAUUUACGUUGUUUUUUUUGGUCCAGAUUGGAAAUUAUGAACGUAAUUAACCUUUAAAUAAACUUAAGUUACG